UUUAGUGUGUUUUUAAGCACUGGUACCAAUUCCUACAACCGUGCUCAGCACUACUGCGUUUAAAACAAAGAAUUACAAUUAUAUAUAUUGUUUAUAAUGGAAAUGGAUGAUAAAUCCAACACAAUACUAAGCACUGAGACGCAAGAGCUCCUAGAGGCGCGUGACGUUGAGCUGAAAAAAGUUUUAAAGCUAAAAUUGAUAUUAAAUGAAAUUCGCUGUUUAAACCUAGGAUCUGAGGAGAGUCCAGAAAUCAAACGUGCUCUCAAAUUAGUGUCGGUAGCCGAUUAUGUGCGCCUGGGCGAUGAUCAGGGACAUUUGCUUGACUUGCAGGAAUGCAGUAGAUGCCCCCCGCUGAGUUAUACCGACAGCAAGGUCAUGCGCACACAUCUGGCCGCCAAUCUGCGCGCAACCCUCACGCCAAUUGCAGAAAUGGGCGAUAAGAUACGUAGCGAACUGCCACAUGCAUUGACAAAAGGUGAAGACGUUGACUUGACACCAGGACAGCACAAGAUAAUUGAAUUGCAAAAGGAGCAGCGUGCUUGCUUGGAAAAGCUAGCGCAAAUGUCCAGUCACAAGUGCGCACUGAUGAUGAAGGCUGCCGAAUUAAAGACGGGUCCUCAUCUGGGCAAUGAGCUGAAGCUGCAGCAAGCGCACGCGCAAUUGCUGCAUACAAAGGCGGACUUGCUACGCAUCUACUUCAUAAAUGAGAUUUUCUCGCGUACAGAUCAUAGUUUGAAAGCUUAUAAGGAGGUCGACAAGUAUCUUGAUGAGUUGCUGAGUGCCAAUCGCACGCUAACAGAGCCUGGACGUCGUGAGAAUUUAGUUCGUAAAUAAGAAAACGAAAUAUAACAUAUUGCUUUAUAAA